AUGUCAAGCGACCAGGGAAUCCCUUGCCCUGUAGUAAUGGAAGAUCCCGACCCAGACGAGGUACUGCGCCUACGUAAAAUAGGCGAGGAAACGGCAGCGCGCAAACGGGCCAGGAGCUUUUGUCUCUUGCUCUCGAAGGACCUCCCAUCUUCGAGGGUAAGCACCACCGAAUGGUGCUCUUGCGGUUCGUGUGUAUCGUUUACUACGGUACACGAGAACGUCUGCUGCAGGGAAACCCUCGUGAACAAUGGAGCUGGUGGACAUGGCCACGAAAAUGAAGCUGUUAGGGGGUUGCGAAAGAAAGUCAGGGAAUCCGAACAUUGCAUCGUUCACCACCCCUCAUUUAAUAAGAUAGCACUGGAUCGCGAGGUACUUCGCGUCAUGAUUGAGCAAAUGAGGUUAGAGAAGAAGAAAUGCAAGCGGCAUGAAGUAGAUGAUAAUAGAUGCUUCCGAUACUGCGCCUACCGCUCUUUCGUAAUAUGGUGCUAUGGGCGUCUCGGCAUACUUAGAGGGUUCGAACUUCCUGCGUGUGUUAGAGGCGCCAUAAUGAAAGAGUUCCCUUCUGAUAGUGGAAGUUAUGUCGAGGGACAAAGCAGUAACGGUAGCAAUGAUUGUGACGACGAAGACUGGCGUGGUAGUUUUGUGUGA